UUAGCCUGCAUAUAUAGCACAGUGUUAAGGAUGCUGUCUCCAAGCUGCAGUUGAUAUAAUAGCUGCAUGAAACACACAGCAAUACUAUUAAAGGAAACAGGUACAAAAAAGUAUCAGAACCCCAUAUGACCAAAGGCUAGCUACAGUAAACUAAAACUAGUGACCACUUUGCAUCAAUGGCAGACAAGGGGCAAAUCAAACAUACUGCAGCCAUAGUGCUGGGUUACUUGGAGAGUGUGUCUUCAUUCGCCGCCACCUUCAACCCUCUGUUUGGCAUCGUCACCACACUGGUUGGUGCAGCGAGGAAAGGCCUGGUGGAUGAUGACACAAGCAAGCUGGACAAGGACUUCCAGCAAAUUCAUGAGAAGUUGGAGAGCAUCUCUGAGCAGAGCAAGGAGCUGCUGGACCAGAUCGAAAUUACUGAGAUUACCAAAAACUAUGGUGAUUUGGAAAAGAACAUCGAGCACCAGUAUCGAAGCUUCAAGAACAUGGUGGAAAACAUCAGGGAAGACCCCGAAAAAAGUGAGUGUUAUAAAGAGGAUUUCAAGAAAAUAUAUAGAAAACAAAAAGGCCACCAGAAUUUGAACAGGUAUUAUGAUGCCAUCAUGGAAGAUGAGGGUCCUUUUGGGAAGCAGCUACUGAAAAUUCCAGAGCACGACAAGAAGGACAAGAAGCGUAUGGAGGCAAAAUGCUCUCAUCUGGCCUACCUCUUCCACAUCGGCCUCAUAGCACUGAUGGCCUACUAUGUGGUCACUGAGGAUGAUGAUGAGGAGUUCAGGAAUGAAUGGGGCAAAAAGGUCUUUGUCAUUCAGACCAAGAUGCAAGAAGUAUUGGAAGCAUACAACUAGAAGAAGCGAUUCAAAAUUCACUGAAAUUUUGUUAAACCACAGCUGCCUUAGUUUCUUCUGCAUGUGAGAAUACAUAUUUUUCUUCCUGAAUGCUUUUCUAUGUUUAUUAGAUUAGCACUUAAGGAUUUCAAUAAUUUUUCAUAUCAUUAUUAUGCUAUAUAUAUAUCAAAAACUCUUGCUGGAUAUACAGUAAAGCUGUAGACAUAUUUGUGUAUUUUGAUCAGUGUUAUUCAUUUUGGCAGUUUGUUGAAUCAUGGGCUAUAAUGUCUCAGAGCUUAAUUUUACUGCCUAUUAGCUUGGAAAAGGGAGCAUUGUAUAAUCACAUACUUUUUUAUCAGACAUUGAAAUAUUAAAAAAAAAAUAGAUAUCAGUUUAAAUCAGAUUAAUUAUUAGUAUGGUUAUAAUGGGUCAAAAAGUCCAAGGAUAUCUUUUAAAUUACUUGCUCCAUGAGUUGAGCUCACUCCAUGUCAAUCAACUCUUUUCAUUAAUAACCACCACCACAGCACAAUAUGCAAAUUAGCAUGAUUUGCAGCAGUGGACUAGUGACAUCUGCAGGCUUUAUGAAUUACAUGGACAGCUUGCACAGAUUUCUAUGUAAUCUUCCCACAUUCAUUCAUUCAUUCAUUCAUUUCCUACCGCUUAUCCAAACUUCUCGGGUCACGGGGAGCCUGUGCCUCAGGCGUCAUCGGGCAUCAAGGCAGGAUACACCCUGGAUGGAGUGCCAACCCAUCGCAGGGCACACACACACACACACACUCUCAUUCACUCACACACUCACACACUACGGACAAUUUUUCCAGAGAUGCCAAUCAACCUACCAUGCAUGCUUUUGGACCGGGGAGGAAACCGGAGUACCCGGAGGAAACCCCCGAGGCACGGGGAGAACAUGCAAACUCCACACACACAAGGCAGAGGCAGUAAUCGAACCCCCAACCCUGGAGGUAUGAGGCAAAUGUGCUAACCACUAAGCCACCGUGCCUAUCUUCCCACAUAAAAGACCCAAACAUUGUCUUGUACAUUUGUCCUCAUGUUAUGUGUGUAUGUUAUAUGCAAAGAUCCUACACAAAUAUCUCAGAACUCUCAGGCUAACCCCCUCUUUACCCGCUCAGUGAGGUUUCCUGGAAUUCUUCCUCUAGUCACAGUUGGUACUAUGAUGCCAUCAUGGAAGAUGAGGGUCCUUCUGGGAGGCUGCUACUGAUAUUUUAUCUAGAGCACUACAAGAUGAACAAGAAGAUUAUGUAGGCAAAAUGCUCUCAUCUGGCCUACCUCUUCCACAUCGGCCUCAUAGCACUGAUGGCCUACUAUGUGGUCACUGAGGAUGAUGAGGAUGAGUUCAGGGAAAAAUGGGGCCAAAAGGUCUUUAACAUUCAGACCAAGAUGCAAGAAGUCCUGGAAGAGUGUAACUAGAAGAAGUGAUUCCAGAUUCACUGAAAUUUUGUUAAACCACAGCUGUCUUAGUUUCGUCUGCAUGUGAGAACACAGUUAUUUUUCUUCCUGAAUUGAUUUUGUAUGUUUAUUAGAUUAGCACUUAAAGAUUUCAAUCUAUUUUCAUAUCCUUAUAUGGCUGUAUGUAUCAAAAACUAUUGCUGGAUAUACAGUAAAGCUGUAGACAUA